AUGCCCAAACUCAGCCAAGACGACAUCCUACCCCUGCCUUCCGACGUUGGAGCGCUGGCCAACCGAAUCAACAAGGCCACGCGGGGCUCGCACAGCAAAAUCAACAACUUGAUCAACCUGAAAAUCGUGUUUGCGCUGCGAGACGCGCGUAUCUACCGACAGGGAAUCCAGGCUUUCUACCACGUGUUCAAGACGUACGAGGAGGUGUGGCAGGAGGAGAUGCAGCGUACUGACGAGUCCGGCGAGUACACCCGUAUCGCCAAGAUUCUGCAGCAGACGUGGAACCCGGCCAUCACCCGAACCGGCCCUCUCACCACCGACCUGCUCUUCUACUACGGCUCUGAGGAGAAGUUCCGAGACCCCGUCAUGCCUGAGCAGCGUGCGUUUGUUGAGCACAUUCGAGAGGUGUGCCACGCCCAGCCUCACCUUUUGCUGGCGUACGGCCACGUCAUGUACCUGGCUCUGUUUGCCGGCGGCCGGAUUCUGCGGUCCAACGUGGCCCGAGCGGUGGGUCUGUUUCCCAAGGUGCCCGGCCAGAGCCAGGAGGAGGUGGCGGCCAAGGGCACCAACCUGUUCCGUUUCGAGGUAGACGACGAGGAGGCUCUGCGGCUUGAGUACAAGCGAAACUACGAGCUGGCGACCCGAAACGACCUGACUGAGGAAGAGAAGCAGGACAUCAUUGCCGAGUCACUGGACAUUUUCAAGCGAAACACCGACUGCGUGUCGGAGAUUAGCGCCAAAAACACCAAGGCUCUGGCCGGCAAAUUUGGCUACAAGGCUGCCCAGGCUAGCUACAAAGUGGUGCUGGUCAUGUUGGCUCUAUUUGUGUUUUACUCGGUCUACUCGCGUCUUUUUUGA